AAGAGUCCAUGCCCGCCGUCCACCUUCACAUAUAACCCACCCACUUCGAUUUCAUUAAAACUAUUCUUUCAUUCAUCUCCAAAAUUCAAGAUGUUGAUACACAUCGCAUUGGUGGUUGCGUGCGCCGGAGUAUUCCUCCUCCUCUUUUUCUUCUUCCAGCACCGGCGCUGCAACCCAAAACCCACGCAGCCAAUCGCCGGAGACCCCGACAUUCAUCAUCGAGAUAAUCAAGUCAAUACCAAAAGAAGAUCAAGUUACUACGGCUCCCAACGUGGGAUGUCCACAAAACCUCUGUUCACCUGGUCAGACAACCCUUCACUCAUCACCGACGCCGUGGAAAACGGUUGGUCGCGAUUUGCUUUUACUGAAUACAUCUCCUCGUCGUCCGUCCGGUCAAACCGGUUUCUACUCGGCUCCUGCGCUUCCGGUGGGGAUGUCAGCGGUGAAGAUCGGGCGGAGGAGGUGGAAACCAGUUGGGAAGUUUGCCAGGAAUCCGCUGAUUUCAUGCAAAAAGUUCGGCUGAAUUCCGGAUUAAAGAAAAUCGCGACAACAACAACGACUUCAAUGGCAGCGGUUUCAGUGAUUAAAUCGGCGUUGCCUUUACCAGGUCCGGCGUUGGGGAAUCCGUCGCCAUUCCCGCAAGAAGCAUACUUUGAAAUUACUAUUUUGUCCAACUACGAUAAUGAAAACGGAAGUGAUAUCAACGGAAAGGGAAGAUUAAACACGGGAGAAGGGGAAAAUAUAAAACUAAUUCAAGAGAAUGAGGUAAAUGACAAGGGCUUGCAUGUCAUUUUUGAAGACUCGAAGGGUCGAAAUUGUACAAAGGGUAUAGUUGAAGGGAAAAAUGAUGUGAUUGUUAUGCUGUCGGUGGGUCUUACUGGUGAAGGUUCUGUUCCGGUGAAACUUCCGGGGAGUUUUCCGGGAUCCGUUGGCUUCAAUUCCGAUGGCUCUAUUUACCUAGAUGGAACGAAGCUCGAAAUUGAAUCAGAAAUAGAAAUAUGGGAAAAAACAGAUAAGGUGAUUGGUUGUGGGUAUAAUCCAAGUCAGAAGAAAGUUUUCUUCACUCUAGAUUCAAAAUUAGUGCAUGAAAUCCAUUGUAAGGGUGAAGAAUUUGGGAGUCCACUCUACCCAACACUAGCUGCAAAUAGUGAUGUUAUGGUGCUUGUAAAUUUUGGCCAAAGUAUCUUCAAAUAUGCACCCGCAAAUUUGCAAAGAACCCAAAAUCCUUGCUUCAUUGGACCAAUGGCAAAUUCUACAUCGUUAGGAUAUGAAGAUAGCAAAGAGCUUUUUUCAAUGGGAAUAUUAGAUUCACAAUAUUGGUUGAAUGGAUACGCGACAAGAAGUGGACAAUAUAAUAGUAAUGUUAAUAAAGGAAAGACAAAGGAUUAUGAUGAGGCGUCUGAAGGGGAUCUUUUUGAAAUCGUGAUAGAUAGUAAUACUUACAGAAAAUCACCAAUCACACCCUGCUAGUCCAAUAUGUUUCAUAUCUUCUUUUUGUGAAAAUUGAUUUGUUGUGGCCAAGUAUAUAAUUCAAAGCCCUACAUUAAGGAAUAGUUCAUUGGUUUUUUUAGAUGAGGACUUGGCUU